AUGUCCUCGUCUCAUUAUAUCUCUGCUCUUAUCGGUGCCUUCGUGGCCUUGGCGGUUAUGGUCGUGGUGGUCACGGCCAUGGUGUCCGCGGGCGUGCUAGCUGUGGGCGACUCCGGUGGCGCCGUUAGCGACGCUUCGACGGGCGUCCUCCUGCUAUCCACGCCCUGGCUGCUGUGGCUACUAGUCUGCCUGUCCUCGCUGAUUUGA